CAGCGCAGUGCAGUGCAGUGAAGCUUACAUAUUCACUUCUCUCAGCGCACCGCUAACUACUGCAAACAAGUGCUAUAUUCAUCCAGCAUCAUUAUUUGCAUGCAAUGGAGCUCUUUGCAGAGGGGCUCUCUCCGAACCUGUGGAUUUUUACAUUGCUUUUAUGGACGUCUGCGAGUGCAUUUAACCUGGACACGCAAAACGUCCUCAGGAAGAAUGGUCAGCCGGGCAGCCUCUUUGGAUUCUCUCUAGCUUUGCACCGACAGCUUCAACCUACCGAUAAAAGACUAUUGUUGAUUGGCGCUCCCAAGGCCAGGGCUUUGUCCAAUCAGAAUGCAAACAUCACCGGUGGGCUGUAUAGCUGUGACAUCACAACACACCCCAAUGAUUGUAGACGGGUGGAGUUUGACAAUGAUGUGGAGGAUGGUGCGGAGAAUAAGGAGAACCAGUGGAUGGGUGUAACAGUCCAGAGUCAGGGACCUGGGGGCAAGAUUGUGGUACAUCAGGAACAUCUAUUAAUGCUAAUGGAUCAUUAA